GGGGGGGAGGGGAGGGGAGGGGAGGGAGACAGGCUGAGCUGAUUCCACGUGUGACGCUUGCAUUCCCAGCUCAGUGAUAUUUUCUUUAGCGGGCUUCGGUGUAGCCUUGUGCGUCUUCGUUAGUUACUGGCUAUAGUUGGGUUAGCUAUGGAGGGAGACGGGAGCCAAGCCACAUCUGGAGGAAGCCCUAAUGAUUCUCAACACGACCCGGGUAAAAUGUUUAUCGGUGGCCUCAGCUGGCAAACUUCGCCAGACAGCCUUAGAGACUAUUUUACUAAAUUCGGGGAAAUCAGAGAAUGUAUGGUGAUGAGAGAUCCAACGACAAAACGCUCCAGGGGCUUCGGAUUCGUUACUUACGUAGAUGCUGCCAGUGUAGAUAACGUCUUAGCUCAGCAACACCAUGAAUUAGACUCAAAAACGAUCGAUCCAAAAGUUGCCUUCCCUAGACGUGCUCAGCCCAAGAUGGUCACAAGAACAAAGAAAAUAUUCGUAGGAGGAUUAUCAGCGAACACAGUAGUUGAAGAUGUGAAGCAGUAUUUUGAACAGUUUGGCAAGGUGGAGGACGCCAUGCUUAUGUUUGACAAAACGACUAACAGACACAGAGGUUUCGGCUUUGUAACUUUCGAGGUUGAGGACGUUGUGGAGAAAGUAUGCGAGAUCCACUUUCAUGAAAUCAAUAAUAAAAUGGUAGAAUGCAAGAAGGCUCAGCCCAAGGAGGUGAUGUUCCCGCCAGGUACGCGAGGCAGGGCCAGGGGCCUGCCCUACACCAUGGAUGCCUUCAUGCUGGGGAUGGGCAUGCUGAGUUACCCAAACAUUGUAGCAACGUAUGGCCGUGGAUACACUGGUUUUGCCCCGAGCUACAGCUACCAAUUCCCUGGCUUCCCAGCGACGGCGUAUGGACCGGUGGCAGCAGCGGCAGUGGCGGCAGUGCGUGGCUCAGGUAGGGGGGCCCGUGGAAGAGGUGGCUACAUGGCAUACCAGCAGAACGCAGGGGCAGGGUUCCCAGAUUAUGGGUUCUAUUCCGGGGCCGGGCCCAGUGACCUGCGGGGGCCGCCCUGCUCCUUUGCCGACUUUGGCUCCCUGGGGCCCCAUGCUGCUCAGAUGCUGCAGCACAGUGAGCAUCAUGCCACCUCCGCCUGCAACUCCCCCCUCCAGCACCACCUGCAGCACAGCCCGGACCCCUUUAAGAGCCCAGGCACCAACCAGGCCAGGCCCGGAGCCUUCCCCGGCACCAACAGUCCCGGGCCCGUGGCUGACCUCUAUGGCACUCCCAGCCAGGACUCCGGUGUGGGUAACUACAUUAGUGCUGCUAGCCCACAGCCUGGCUCUGGCUUCGGCCACAGCAUUGCUGGGCCGUUGAUUGCAACCGCUUUUACAAAUGGAUACCAUUGAAACCUAACAGGUGGUUGGUUGCCAUCUCAUUUAAGCAGAGUAUUUCAGGAGGGAAGACCGGGCGGAGUUUUUAACUGGCUAUGUGAACAGGUGAUGCCAUCCAACGCCAAGCACUACAGCAUCAACCCACAGGAGGAGAGUGGAGGUGGCACCACGUGAAGAAGAACUGAAGAAAAUGUCAAAAUCAUCUCAGAAAAAUAAACUACAAUCUGCUGUACUAUAAUCCAAACCUGGCGUUCACAUCCUUAAUAUCCAACUGUAACCUAGUACCUUUGUGUAGGAUUUAGGUGUUUUUUUGUCCUUUAAAUGUUCCUUAUUUUAAAUCUGUUUAGUUUAUGUUCAUUAUUUUCGGUGUAGUCUUCAAAUUAAUAAGGGAAGAUUAAUUAUCAUUUUAAUUUACUCCAAUAUUUUUGAUCCUCUCUGAAAUUAGUAACUAUUUAUGUAAACGGGCUUAUUUCUGUUGUUUUUUUUCAGAUUGCUAUGUUGCUAUGUUGCUAUGGUUGUUUGCUUUUAUUCUUGCUGAUGGAAAAAUGCAGGUGUCAGUUUGCACAUACAAGAAAACUGACAUGAACUGACGAGGCCUGAAGAAAGGCGGUGUUAAUUCAAUUUUAAGAGUAACUAAUAUAUCUUAGUAGCUUUUUUUUUGUUUAUUUUAAUGUUGUUAAUGACCUAUUUUGGGCAAUAAGAGGACUACAAUAUUUUCACAGUCCUUUUUUACAAAUGUUUUUGUUGUCAGGAAAAAAUAACCUUUCCUUUUAAUACUUUGUGAAUUCAGAUUUUAAGAAAAAUAUAACUGUAAAUAUUAUUCAAAUCACUGCAUAUAAUCGUUUCAGAGAGAACCAUAUUUUUGUGAUGGUUCAUCAUAAAAGGCUGUAAUGUGCAAGAGCGCAACUGUCAAAGACGAGGACAUUUAAUGCUCUUAAGUCGUAUCAUAAUCCAUUUGUAGCACAAAAUGCCAUGAUAACCCCACUCGAUCCUACAAGAACACUGUUGGCUUGCUCUGUAAAUACUGUUGUCUUUCUUACUGUGCUAAUGUCAUACCAGCAUACUGUUCUGUCUUCUACAUAGUGAGCUCAAAAGUGCACAGCUUCUAAAAGAUGACACAAGGUUAACACUGGACAUUGCUACACAAUGUCUCUCAAAGAGGACACUGGCUCAACUUCUUCUAGACUCUCGCAAGUGAAAGGCUACUGUAUCUGUGACUGAAGUCAAUAUACUAUAUAAAAAAAGAACAUGAUACAAAUCCAAAGCACACUUUUAUUUUGUAUUAGUUUGAAAAUACCAGAUGUUGAAUACUAGUGUCCAGAUACAUUUCAUACCAAUCUGCACAUGUUUCAGUUUGUUAUGAUUUUCUUCAGUUUUUGUUUUCCUUAUUAAUGCUGUUUAUCCAUUUUGAACAGAGCACCUGCUUUCAAUGUGACAGGAAAUAUUUCAAGUCAGAUAUAUUUGACAUACAUUUAUUGUGAUGUUUUCUUGAACUGAUUAGGAAGGCAAAACAUCUAUCAUUACCUCAGUCCUGUGAGUUUUAUCUUAGAUGAAAUGACAAAUUAAUUUAUUUUAAAUUUAAACCGGUUGAAAUUAUGAAUGGAUUAUGAGAAAAGUUGUUGCACUGUGACAAAGAAGGAAAGUGACCAUAUUCUAUGUGCACAUUUUAAGUGUUGGACGUUUAAAAUGGUCUUGAUCAGAUGAUAUAUGAAGGAAUGUUUUUUAAGAAUCAUUUUUUAUUCCCAUUACAGAUUAGUCAUCUUGACUCUUGCAAUUGGAAAAAGUUGUUUUGCCCAAAGGGCAUUUAUUUAACAAAAAAUAAAUAAAUACAAUCCAUGUAUAAUCCAUAGAUUGGAGCAUUUCGGCCUAGCAAAGUAACUGUAGUCACCACGUUCAUUUCCUGUAGGGACUGGUUUGUUGAGAUUGAGAAAUGUUCAUUUCCUGUAGGGACUGGUUUGUUGAGAUUGAGACAUGUUCAUUUCCUGUAGGGACUGGUUUGUUGAGAUUGAGACAUGUUCAUUUCCUGUAGGGACUGGUUUGUUGAGAUUGAGAAAUGUUCAUUUCCUGUAGGGACUGGUUUGUUGAGAUUGAGAAAUGUUCAUUUCCUGUAGGGACUGGUUUGUUGAGAUUGAGAAAUGUUCAUUUCCUGUAGGGACUGGUUUGUUGAGAUUGAGAAAUGUUCAUUUCCUGUAGGAACUGGUUUGUUGAGAUUGAGAAAUGUUCAUUUCCUGUAGGGACUGGUUUGUUGAGAUUGAGAAAUGGUUCCUCUGAAGCAGAAUCCUGGAUUCUUGUCAAAUAAAAUGGGGACUUGUUUAAGUAAUAAUCAAAUUAAAAUAAACAUGUAUGUUACGAAUUCAAAAAAGAGAAAAAAGUAUGUUCCCUUCAAUGAUUUACAUUUUUAUUCAGAAGGAUUUGUAUCAAUAUUUUUGUGGUUGUUAAUGAUUAUAUUAAUAAUAAUUAUUAUACUAACAAUAUUAGAAUGUACUGUACAUCCAUCCGAUUCUUUCUCCAUUCCCUGUCACCUUAUACAGUAAUCUUAUGUUGAUCAUCAAUGUAUUUCAGUAAUGUGUGGAAAAAAAGAAAACUGCAAAUGACCUUGUAACAGAGUGCCGUCUUUGAUGCCAGUGUAGUGGCUAUACACUUAUUUGUUGAUCUCUCUAUCUUCCUCUUUGUCUCCCACUCCUUCUCUGUCUCACUCUCUCCUAGUAUUAGUGGUAGUUGUUAUGUAGUUAAGAUGUAGAUGUAGCUAUUAGGAGAUGUAGGACCAGUAAGGAUAGAGCUUUCUCUUCUUAAUUACCAUAGUUAUAUAUAUAUAUAUAAAUAAAUAAAGCUGACAUUCAUUUCAAUACCAUUUGUCUAUUUUCAGUUUUACUGUUCUCACAUGGUUUCAACUAACCAAAGCAAUCAUUGAGGACAUUUAAAUCAGAAAUUUCUGUAAGACCGAAUCGUAAACAAGGCAUUGAUCCCCACACUUGAAUGUUUAAAAAGGGGUGUGCCAUACUACCUUAAAAGCUAAUGCUAGAUAUACAAACCAGUUCUGUUAUAAUUUCACAAGAGGGACACAAGCUAUAAUUAUGAUUGAGUAUAAUGGAUUUUAUUACAUUAAUGGAGAAAUCAUAUAUUUUUUUGAAAGUUAUAACGGACUAAUGAUAAUAAUGGCUAAUAUAGAUAAUUAUUUUAAACUUGUUUUGAUGUUUGUACUAUUACAAAAUAUCCCAGUGGCCCCUGGCACUACUAUUUUUGGAUACAGUUGUAUUUAAUUUUAGGUGUCUACUUAAUUAAUUAUUAAUAUUAUUCAUUCAUAUUAUAGUUUGAGUUCAUUAUCAACAUUUGAGAAUGUAGUGAAUUAUUUUUGUACUCUUGCACCAUUGGAAGCAGCGUUUUACUUUAAUCAAAGCCAGUGUAUCAUGAAACAUUUACAUUGUAAAUUCAUUCAAGUGCUUAGUCUUUAUUUAAAGUCUUCUCAUUCAAAGAUGGUAUAGUCUGCUUGUUUUUAUAGACAUUUGCACUGUGCAAUAACUUAAUCUUUAAGACCCUCCUGCUAAUGGAAAACAAGACAGUGCAAAGCUAUUGAUGAGUUGUUAUAUGAAGGGCUUAUUGAAAUGAUACCUAAAGGACAUGUUUCAUUUUAAGCAAAUCACAGAACCACAGAGUUGAGAUAGGAUAGGAUGUAUGCAUCAUUCUCAUGAAGACUGAGCCAAAAUGUGGCACAUGUCGGAACCUGUUGGUAAACGGGACAUUAUGGCAGCAGUAUGUACCCACUGAGAGCAUGUGAUGUUUGUACUAAGUAAGGCUCUGUUAUACAUUGCAAGAUGCCAUUUCUGUUUUAAAUGUCCCUCUACCAAUAUCACCAUACCUGAUUUACUAUUUGAUUAGAGUAAAAGUUGGCUGGCUAUCCAUUCAAAAUAUUUCAUACCAUCUCUAUUAGUUGAUUUAAAAUUUUUCAAAAAAGUGAUUUAAUAGCUUGGACUUUAAGGUAGCAUGGCUCUGUAGUUGCUGUACUUUUUUCCCACAUGGACAGCAGUUUACAGCUGAUGAAUGUUACACAUCUUGCUAGACUACUUAAUCAUUGGAUAAUUGGUUAAAAAAAUAAUAAAAAAAGAGAAAAAAAAUGAAAUAAAAAGACCUGGAAGGUGUUGGAUGAUAUAUUGGGUAGUACCCUAACCAUUUAAACUUGAAUCUUGAGGCAAGUGCUAGGCAAUGGCCAAACAAUUAUCCCAUCACUGAAUUAACAGACACACAACGCACACAUACCUACUGUAAUAACAGGUACAUAAUGUAUAUACAUGUUAGUUAAAGAUAUAUUAUUGUGCAUGUCUAUUUGUUGAGGCUGAGCCCUCAUUUCAGAUGAAAUUAACUCCUUGCUGUCUGAAAUGUUUACGUAGGCAGCACUGUUUGUAUUAUGUUUGUGUCACGCUUAACAUUAUGUUUACCAAUGAUGCAACAUGGCUGGACUGGAAAACAUGAAAUGAAGAAGCUGGAACUGAUACUUUAGGGUAAAACAUUGUCGUUUAGUGAGUACCAUGGCAUGGGCCACUGCUAGAGCAGAGAGUGAGUGUGUGAGUGUUUGUGUGAGUGAGUGUGUGUGUGAGUGAGUGUGUGAGUGAGUGAGUGAGUGAGUGAGUGAGUGUGUGAGUGAGUGAGUGAGUGAGUGAGUGAGUGAGUGAGUGAGUGUGUAUGUGUGUGUGGGUACAGGGGGUUUCGGGAAGCGGUACAGUCAUUAGAAGUCCUGUGGGUCUUUGUGAAUAUUCUUCCUACAGUACAUUUGACCUUGCCUUAGCAGAGGCUUUUCUUCUCUCAUGCUCCCUCUUGGGUUCGACCUCUGAUUGCCUUGCCCAUUCCUAACACUUGCCCAUGUUUUAAUGUUAACAGACUUUUUACCGUGAGAGCUGACUGAUAGGACUGAAUUCUGAAAGCAUCUUUCAGGUCUUCUUGUAUGGCUUGCUCAAGCCCUGUUGUAAAAUAAACUGAAGUGGAUGGGGGUCUCUCACAUCUCAGAUGUGGAAAGUAAUUUUAUAUUUGUAUUUUCAAAUAAUGAUAAUAAUAAAAAUGUUUGUGAAAAGGUUUCCAUCCUCUACUGUGGUCCAGAAAUCGAUGUGUUUGUCUGGAAAAAAAAUAAAAUAAACUGUUUUGAACCAUU